AAGCCGAUAAUGUUUACAAUCUAAAGAAGAAUUGGUUUUUUCGCCUAUAAAUGUUUUGCAAGGCUGCAUCGAUGCAUCGCAGAAUCUAGAAAUAUAUCCAAACAUGAAGAUGCUCCUCAAGUUUGUGGCUUUUGUUGCCUUCAUUGGCCAAAGCUUUGGCUGCAGUGACUCAAACAGCAAUUGUGUCGCAUGGGCGAAUUUCGGAUUUUGUACUGGAGACCUUGCUGACCACAUGAAGGAAAUAUGCAUGAAGAGUUGUGGAGUCUGCAGUGCAGGUUGUGGACGACCUAGUGUUCAGCAAUCAAGAAUUAUUGCUGGGUAUGAUGCGAAACCAGGUGCUUGGCCAUGGAUGGCAUCCCUUUGGCUGAAUGGGAAUUCUCACAUCUGUGGGGGUUCCCUUUUAAACACCAGAUGGAUUUUGACAGCCAGCCACUGUGUUGUUGGUACUGGGGCCACGACAAGCUCCCUACAGAUCAAGCUGGGUGAGCACUACCACAACGUGCAAGAAGGAACAGAACAAAUCAUGGAUGUUGAACAAAUUAUUCCGCACCCAAGCUAUUCAUCGACUAAACUUACAAACGAUAUUGCAUUGAUUAAGCUGAAGAUGCCUGCAAAACUCAAUUCUCGUGUGCAGACAAUUUGUCUCCCGGCCAAAGAUUCUAAGCCGAUGAUUGGAUCUUACAGAUGCUACUUGUCAGGUUGGGGUUCCAUUCAACAUCCAGGGCCAUCGCAUCAUACAUUGCAACAAGCCAUGCUUCCGGUAGUGAGCAAUACCAACUGUUUUAACAGAAACAGCGUUAUUUGUGCCGGAUAUGGAAAAUCCAGUCCGAUAAAUGCAUGCAGGGGUGACAGUGGCGGUCCGUUUGUAUGCCAAAAGAGUGACGGAAGCUGGGAACAACAUGGCGUUGCAAGUUUUGUUGUGGAAUACUGCAAGUACUACACUGCAUUUGCACCGGUUGGUGACUACAUCGAUUGGAUCAAUCAAUAUAUAUCACAAUUUCCAGAGACAGGCCAUAACAUGAAGUUGCUUCUCACUCUUGUCGCAUUUGCUGCCUUCAUUGGCUUGAGCAUCGGAUGUUCUGACCGGCAUAGUAGCUGUCCAUCAUGGGUGAGGGCUGGCUACUGUAAAGGACGGUAUGAAGACUACAUGAAGACUAACUGCAUGAAAAGUUGUGGAUUGUGUGGAGGAGGAGGCUCUUCCUGCGGACGCUCGUCUGUCCAACAAUCAAGAAUCAUCUCUGGAUACGAUGCCAAACCAGGCGCGUGGCCAUGGAUGGCCUCCCUCUGGAUGUACGGAAGGUCCCACAUCUGUGGAGGCUCUCUUCUAAAUAACAGAUGGAUUUUGACAGCCAGUCACUGUGUUGUUGGUACUGGGGCCACGACAAGUUCCCUACAGAUCAAGCUGGGUGAGCACAAACACGGCGUCCAGGAAGGAACUGAACAGACCAUUGACGUUGAGCGUAUCGUUGCGCAUCCACGCUAUUCACGAUCGAAACUCACUAACGACAUUGCGUUGAUCAAGCUGAAAACUCCAGUACAACUCAAUUCACGUGUGCAGACUGUUUGCCUUCCUGCCAAGAGUUCAAGGCCAACGAUUGGGUCUCGUCAGUGCUAUUUGUCAGGUUGGGGUUCAAUCCAACACCCAGGAUCAUCGCACCACACACUGCAGCAAGCCAUGCUGCCUGUAGUAUCACCAAGCAACUGCUUCAACAGAAACGACAUGGUUUGCACUGGAUUCGGUAGAUCAAGCCUGACCAACGCAUGCAGAGGUGACAGUGGUGGCCCAUACGUAUGCCGAAAGAGUGACGGAAGCUGGGAACAACAUGGCGUUGCAAGUUUUGUGGUAGAAUACUGCAAGUACUACACUGCAUUUACUCCUGUUGGUGACUACAUCGAUUGGAUCAACCAAAACAUCUCGCAAUCUUGCGGACCAUCAAAAGAAAAGCCCCCUGCACCUACCCAGGAAAAAUGUGGCGUCACUAAUGUUCAGCAAUCGCGAAUUAUCAACGGAUAUGAUGCAAAACCGGGGGCUUGGCCAUGGAUGGCCUCGCUGUGGAUGUACGGACAGUCUCAUAUCUGCGGAGGAUCGCUUCUUAAUGCCAGAUGGGUAUUAACUGCAAGUCAUUGUGUUGUUGGAACCGGAGCGUCUACAUCUACUUUGCAAAUCAAACUAGGCGAACAUGAUCACCGGGCCCAAGAAUCGUCAGAACAGAUCAUAGAUGUAGAAAAGAUUAUUUCACAUCCAUCUUAUUCAAGAAACACCUUGAGGAAUGACAUUGCAUUGAUCAAACUGAAACGGCCUGCUAUGAUUAGCGCCAGAGUGCAAACAAUUUGUCUUCCCCGAAAAGGAUCAAGUCCAACCAUCGGCUCACGCUGCUAUUUAUCAGGUUGGGGUUCUAUCCAGCACCCAGGACCAUCGCACCACACACUGCAGCAAGCCAUGCUGCCUGUAGUAUCACCAAGCAACUGCUUCAACAGAAACGACAUGGUUUGCACUGGAUAUGGAAAAUCAAGCCUCAUCAAUGCAUGCAGAGGUGAUAGUGGUGGCCCAUACGUAUGCCGAAAGAGUGACGGAAGCUGGGAACAACAUGGCGUUGCAAGUUUUGUGGUAGAAUACUGCAAGUACUACACCGCCUUCACGAAAGUUGGUGACUACUACGAUUGGAUACAGCAACACAUUCGUACUUAG